CGCCAUCUGCGGCGCCAGGCAUUGUGGGAAGGGCGGCUGGGGUCAUGGCGGCCGCCGUGGCGAUGGCAGCUCUGUGCCGGCGCUUCACGGCCGCGCUGCGGCUGUCAGGAGCGCGGCCGGGCUCGACACUUGCCGGCCUCCCCGGAUUGAGGCUGAAUCUGUUCCACAAGAACCUAGCCAAAGCUGAGCCCCUCCAUCAAUUGAAGUUUCUGCACACUACUUUGUCUCGUAAAGGUCUGGAGGAGUUUUUUGAUGAUCCAAGAAACUGGGGAGAAAAAACAGUAAAGUCUGGGGAUGCAUGGAAUAUAAAGCAGCUAAGGGGCAAGAGUAGUGAAGACUUGCACAAACUUUGGUAUGUCCUACUGAAAGAAAAAAACAUGCUUUUAACUUUAGAGCAAGAAUCAAAACGACAACUCAAGCCUAUGCCAAGUCCAGAAAGAUUAGAAAAGGUAGAAAAAUCUAUGAAAAAUAUAGACUUGGUAGUCAAAGAAAGAGAAAUUGCUUUGAGGCUUUUACAAACUGGCCAUGAAAAACCAGUACCUGGCGAGUGGAGACAUGACUUCCUAGGACGGACCUACUGGUACAGUUACAAGGAAUGGCCAAUACCAUGGUACUUAAACAAAAAAUACAAGAGGAGGAAAUUCUAUUACUUACCUCAUGUGGAUCGCUUCAUCAGGCUCAGACUUGAAAAAUCUUUACGUAUAAAGGCAAGAAGGCAAAACCUAGAGAGAACGAGGCAGAAGGUCUUGGAAAGGAAGUUCCCUCACCUUGCUGUAAAAUCUCAGAGCCAGUAACAUCCUGGAAGAGUGCUGCAAGCAAUUGAUUGAGUAUGUUUGUGACUGGAACAUGAAAAAAGUUCUGAAACCAGUGAACAACUUGACUGAGCGUUCCUGAGAGUCUCCAUGUUUGGUUUUUUUUUUUAAUCCCAUGUUUGACCUAAAUUAAACUCAUGAUCUGGAAUUAAAAAGCAGCUUUGGUGCCUAACUCAAAUUAAUCCUAACAGUUGUUUCUAGAAACAUUUGAAAAAUGGUGUAUUAGCCAGCUACUAUAAAAGUGAGACAUACAUUAUUAACAGUGAAAAGCAGUAAGUGACUACCAGAUCAAAGUAUAAAAAGUGUAGGGAUAAUAUUUACCUGGUUUAGUUUAACAAGUGUGUAUUAAAACCAGACAGAAACAUGAGAGCCUCUGAAGCUCACAUAUGAGCUUUUGUUCCCUGAUCAUCUGAGUUACUGGUAUGUGCCUUAACUUACAUGUGCUUUCUACAUAAAAGCAUGGGAAAAUAUAGUUUUCAGUCUGCUAUGAGGAACUUUUUCCUUGCUUUAAGUUGGCUUGUUAGAAAUUAUGAAAUAUUUAGCAUGUGAACUUUUAACAAUGCAGUCUUUCUACCUCCAUUUCUAGAUACCUAUGACAAAUUCAAACAUUUGUGCAAUGCUUUUUUGCAGUAUGCAAAGUGUAGGAAGACUGGUAAUAGUCUGUGAAACUGAGGUAGAAAGGUACUACUCUCAUUUGAUGGUAAACACUUCAUGAAAGGUUUUAACCUUCAGAUGUGGCUGUGUAGAAUAAAGUCACAAAUACUAGUCUUUCAGGAAGCAAAUGUGCUAUGCAAUGUAAUCUGAUAAACCAGGGGAACUCCAAGGGAACCAAAACCGUAGGACAGACAUGUCUGUCUCCAUCUUGACCUGUAGUUACUCCUCUGCAUCACACAAAAUACCCACUUCUAAACAGAAACUCUUUACCAUGGUGAGAUAACCCCAGAAAGUGUUUCGCUCUCCAUAUGGUGCUAGAACAUUCACCAGUACUACCACUGUACUGCAAUUCUUUUAAGAAGACAGAAGUUGAUUAGAUGUAAUGAAACCUAAGCAUGACACAGAAAGCAAGCUUAAAAUGCAUAGUCAAUUCAUGAAGAAAACUCAAAAAAGCCUACUUUAUAUCAUUCCCUCUAGCUAGUCAAGUCAUACUGCAGUGACACCACAAUAACUUUGUAAAGCAUUACUCCUUGCAGUGUGCUCAGGUACAAGUUCAGUUGACAUUCCAAACUCUACUUGAAUGCAAACUAGACUUUUUCUUCCAGUAUGACAAUAGCUGUCAACUUAUGCCACCUUUGUAGCUGACUACAGUUUGCCUCAUUUUGGGACAGAAAUGUGGUUCGUCAAUAGCUUUGAAAAUCUAGAGUAAGCAACUUUGCCUCGAGAGCAAACUAGUGGUUAUCAUGAUAAGACAAAAGCAGGCUGUUUUGAUAAAUUACUUUAUUGUGUAGAGGUAAUGUGAAACUGCUUUCAACUAGAGGCCUCAUCAUUAUUUACCCACAAGGUCUUUUAAGAUAUGAAAAAUGUAGCAGUACUGUUUACAUUUUUUUAAAAAAAAAAUCAGUCAAACGCUAUUUGGUUUUCCCCAGCUUUUAAAAUAAGGAGCAAAACUUCAUUGUGUCCCAAUACAGAACAUCACACAGUUGUAAAUUAAAAGUAAGCUUAACCACAACAUAGAGCUGCAUCUUCACAGCCAGUUCCUGCUGAAAAAAUAAUCAUCCUACUUCCUGUGACCCUGAGUGCACACUCCCAUACAAAAUGCAGGCACUUCUUGACCCUGCUAUGAGUCAAGUGAGGGAGGUAAACCAACAGCAAACAAGUAGUGACUGCCCCGUCAAGUUACAGCUCCCUGUAAACAAUGUCAAGCCACAUCCUGAGGGUCUUCUGUGACUAUUCUCUUGCGGAGACAAUUCUUUGCCCUGACUUCCCUGGCUCAAACAAGUUUUGCUUCUCGCCUAUAUCACAAAGGCAUUAUACACAUUCUUAGAAAUCAGGUGGAAAGCACUGAUUGUUUACUGAAAUUGCUCCAUAAUAGAAAAUUAGAAAACCAGUGCUUAAUAGAACAUUCACUUCAUGGAAUGCAGCACUUUCAUUAGAGAGUAAAAGUUUACACUGAACUGAGUCACCUAUAGUAGAUCACUAAAUACAAACUUUCCAUUUUUAAAACAGAAGAUUGACUUUCUCUCCAAGUACUCACAAAGUUGUUCAAAUAUAAAAGACCAAAUUUUAUUUUUUAAGAGAGAAGUAAGAGCAAUGUAAGGCCAAAGUACCAGCAAGGAAGACUAAUAUAUGAAAGUAGACAUGAGAUUUUUUAAUAAAUUUGCAUGGGCAUUUGCAAGGUUAUACCUCUAUCUAUUAGCUAACCUGUAAAGCUGUUCCCAGGAAAAGAUACUAGAGAAAAUAGACAUUUAUACAAAAUUAUAAAAUGCUUGUUACAUGAAUUAUUGCUUUACAAGGGAUGUAAACAUCCUUUUUCUAUGAUAGUACCAAUUAGGUCUCUCAAAAUUUCUAAGGUUUGUUAAAAUGGAACUUGAAUUAUGCAAAAGAUCCAAUAUAAACUUUCUACAAAAAAGAGUCCAUCCCAUUCCUGAGUAUGCUAAAGCUAUAAAACAGAAGGAGCACUGAGCAGGCAGCAGUUUUCACAGUAAGAGCUUUAAGGACAUUUUCUUUCUACACACUGUUUCCCUCCUUCUUCAUACUCUUGUUUAGAAAUCCACAUCUGUUGAAAAGUACCC